GGAUAUUGGAACGAAACCCUCUCACUCCAAGACUUGUUAAGCCAGUCGGGCACGGGACUCUGGAGAAAGAGAAGCAGGCCAAUGCGCUUUCUUCGAAUUUCGCUUGUCUGGGUCUCGCGCCACACCUACGUAACUCAGCCACAGCAGACGUAACAGACAGACCGCCGCCUGUCCGUCCUUCACUACUCACGUCUCCGCCAAUGGCGCGUUUUGAUUCUUCACCAUUGUCACUGCCUAUGCGCCUCCGCUGACCAUACCUACUCUCGACCUCUGUUCUUCAGCGACACUUAAAAAUGCUAUCUCAGGGCAUAUUCACAUCCGCCAGUCUCUUGCAUACCGCCCAACACACUAUCGUUACACCAAUAUGAAUCAACAGAGCCAAUCCAAGGACGAGGACGAUGUGGUAGUUCAAGCGCCUGCGCGAUUGUCACAAAGAAAGAAGCUGGGGAGAAGAAGAGAAUACUCAACUAGGGCUAUCUGGCUAGUUCUGCUAUGCGUCACCAUUCUUGCUUCGUCUGCGCUCGUGAGAGACAAUUCAAGAGUUGGUGACCAAGUCCUGGGGCAAAGCAGAAUCUUUCAAAGAGAUCAGGCACUGGAGGCAUUCAAAAAACACAAACAUGAUGACGAGGCCUCCCACGAUUGCCAUCUUGUCCACGAGCCCACAGUCAAAGAUAAAUGUGCCUUUGUUCAAUCGCACUGCGCCGACGAAGCAGCUGGCCUCAUACCCUACCUCGAAAUAUACUACUGCAAACUACCGCACGCGCAACCAUUCGCCUUUAUUGUAAUCGUAGUGUGGCUUGGACUCCUCUUUAGCACCAUUGGUAUAGCAGCCAGCGACUUCUUCUGUGUGAAUCUGAGCACGAUAUCGAAUAUGUUGGGCUUGAGCGAGAACGUAGCAGGAGUAACAUUGCUGGCUCUCGGAAAUGGAAGCCCGGACGUUUUUUCAACAUUUGCCGCUAUGAACUCCAAUAGCGGAAGUUUGGCUGUUGGCGAACUCGUGGGGGCUGCCGGCUUUAUCACAGCAGUCGUUGCAGGAGCCAUGGCGCUGACAAGGCCAUUCAAAGUUGCAAAGAAGAGCUUUGUAAGAGAUGUUGGAUUCUUCAUUGUUGCCUCGAGUUUUGCUCUGAUAUUCCUAAGAGAUGGGAUCCUGCAUCUAUGGGAGUGUAUUGCCAUGGUAGUUUUCUACCUCAUUUAUGUCGCCUUCGUGGUGCUUUGGCACAUGCAUUUGACGAGGAGAAAUCAAGCGCGGGCUCGAGAGGCAGCGGGCAGGAGUCAUUUCGUCGGGGCCGAAGACACCGAUAUCCACGAACCAUAUCGCGAUGACGAUGACGACGGUGAAGGUGGACGACCAAUCGCUGUCCCUGAGCCGUCAGCAGAAGACUUUUCGAAUCUUGAAUGUGGCGGAGCUCAACAACAACAACAUGAGUUCGCUGAUGAUGAUGAGGAGACACGCGAGCGAUGGCUUGGCGAUAUCAACAAGAACUUCCGGCUCAUACGGCCAAAGAUAGCUCGCGAGAGACGAUCGACAGUGAUUCGUCCUAGUCUUGUUGGUGCACUGGAGUUUCAAGCAGUAUAUCAUUCGUUGCAGAAGUCAAGGAACAUCCGAUCCAUACCGAUCACGAUUCGUCGAUAUUCUGAUGAUCCGGUGUACACCUCAGCCCAGCAACAAGAGGAAAUGUCAAACGAUGCAGACCCAGGAGCCCGGCCAAUCUAUACGAUAGAUGACAGCGCAUCACAGCUACAGGUUACGCCACGCAGGAUGCAAGUCCAAAACCGGGAACGAGCAGUGUCUGUGAACGACAUUGAUAGCAUGCGUCUAGAUGUCAGUGCGCUUCGUGGUCAUGUUCCCCAGCUUGAUGUCAUAAGCAGCUCUCCUGGUCCGACCUCUAGCUCUAAUUUGCAAGUUCCUACAGAGCUAGUCUCAAGACCGCCGUCCCCUUCGAUAUCGGUUACGCCUCCUGUCUCGGCCCAUCCUUCGCGGUCGUCCAGCCCGGCAACGAGUAGAGAGAAUCGACUCGCACCUCCUACCUCUGAAGUUUUAGCACCAGAUCAACAAACAAGGGCCGUACCCUCAGAUCUGGUUAGAAGCCCCACGUUCCCCACACAUGCACAGAGUCCAAGUGGUAGGAAUUUCCCAAAACUACCGAUUCCGGGUCAUUCGCCUCAGUCUAUGCGCGGCAGGUCUCCUACAACCUCUCCAAUCCCAACCUUUGCAGAACACUCCCCGGGCCCGACUCACAGUCUCCGUCUCCCCCCACCCAGCCUGACAGCCGAUUCAUUUCCGCAAUUCGCUGACUUGAUAGAUGAGAUUGAGCGUCCAAACAAGCCGUUGAAGUGGUGGCCGUACAAGAUAUUACCGCCCCCCGGAGUCCUGGUCUCCACGCUGUUUCCCACGUUAUACCGUUGGCAAGACAAGAAUAUUUGGGCAAAGCUUCUGGGCAUAGUAUCUGCACCUAGUGUUUUUCUCCUCACAAUCACUCUUCCUGUUGUCGAGGAAAAGGAGACCAGCGACAAGGAUGCCAUCGACGUCGACGUGCCUACAUUAACACUUCUUACACCGGAGCUCGAGGCUCCCAGGCAUCCACAUUAUUCGCGUGCCAGUGGUAGCUCCCGGCAAAGCACCAUUAAUUCGACAGGUCUUCUCGAUCCUAAUCAGCAUUACCGCGACAAUCCAUCUACUCCAGAUGGAGACGGUAAUUAUUUCGCUGUUCAACCCAACAGCUACGGCACCUUGUCAACCGACGCACAUCACGCCCACCUCUAUCAUGCACAGCCCAUCGUCACAUCGCCGUCCCAUCCGCACAUGCUUCAAUCUCCCGAGCAACUCCCUACUUUAGGCAAUAAUGGCUCUGAGCUCGUAAACUGGAAUCGCUGGCUCGUCAUCGUCCAAGUCUUCACCGCGCCUUUCUUCGUCGUUGUAAUUUGCUGGGCCAAUCUCGACGAAUCGCAUCCGCGCAAGCUCAUUCUACCAGCCCUCAUAUCUCUCCUGUUCUCGCUCCUUGCCUUACUCGCCCUUGUUCUUACUACAACCCCGACGCGCCCGCCCACAUGGCAUAAACUUCUCACCUUUCUCGGGUUUGCCGUCGCGAUUGCUUGGAUAUCAACGAUCGCCAACGAGGUUGUUGGCGUGCUGAAGUGGCUCGGAAUUGUGCUCAACAUAAGCGACGCAAUCCUCGGACUGACGAUAUUUGCUGUUGGCAACUCUCUCGGUGAUCUCGUUGCCGACAUUACAGUCGCGCGUCUUGGAUACCCCGUCAUGGCUCUCUCGGCGUGCUUUGGCGGUCCGAUGCUGAACAUUCUGCUCGGGAUCGGCGUCAGUGGGAGCUGGAUCACAGUGAAGAGAGCAAACCGGCAUUUGGAGAAACAUCCAGGCACUGAUUUGCGAUUCAAGCCGUAUACGCUCGAGGUGAGCAGCACUUUGUUGAUUAGUGGGGCGACCUUGGUUGUUACGCUCGUGGGAUUGUUAAUUGCGGUGCCGGCGCGUAGAUGGAGGAUGGACAAGGUAAUUGGGUGGGGUUUGAUUGGAGUCUGGACGGUGAGCACGGCGUUGAAUGUUGUGGCUGAAGUGAUCGGGUGGAGUAAAGAGAUGAGUGAUCAGCGUGUAUUUGGAGAGAUGUUCUGAGCAGAAACUCCGGGCAACUUUUGGCUUGUUUUGGCUUGUUCACGCGGUACACCAUUUGUUGCAUGGGCUUGGAUCACUCGUUUGGCGUUGGUACUGGUUUGUUUGUUCGUUUUGGAUAAUGGCUACAGAACCCUUGUACAUACAUACCAUUGGUCUUGGACAGUCAUACAUAUCCAUUUUCCUCCCGGGAACUAUAUUAAUACAUCCUACAUCCUG